GAUUUGCGUUCUCCCAAUCUAGACUAAAAGAUCCCAAAACUCUUGGAUCAGUGUUUGCUGGGUAGAAAAGCCCCCAUACAAUUGAUUGACAUGUCUCGAGCCAAUCACGCCAUGCCUCUCACCAAGGAGGAGGAUGAGAUCUUGUUUACGUCAAUCUUCAAUGCAACCGAAAGCCCGUACAGUAUUGACCACAACGCAAUUGAUUCUUGAGGAAUCCACUUCCCUACUCUCUUGUCUCGCAGCACAUAGCUUUAGUCUUUCUGUAUAAUCAGUACUCACCCUCAAUAUGUUUACACCGCUCCCUCGCGUCGCUCCUGCCUCCACUUUGCGAAGUAAUAUCAAUUUUGCGUUGCGACAGCUCCCCAGCGCCUCAGCCUGGGUGCCGGUACUGCCCACAAGAUGUUCUUCUUCAUCCACAUCGGCAAAGAAAGAGAUCACGCUGCUCCAGGAUAAGAAGAAUGGAUUCGGGUUUGCACGGUCAAACCCCCGACCACCCAAACCGAGGACCAAGGGUGUCACCGAAAUCAGGGGCCCAUACUAUACUGUAUGCCGGUCACCAAGCCGUAAUCCUUAGCAUAUGUGGAGUGCUGUGUGCUUCAAAGGACCCAUAAGGAGCUGAUUAGAAGUACAGGCCAUGGGGAAACGAUACCUAGCAGAUGUGCUGGAGACGUGAGCCGCUCGACCGUGUAGGCAUUGGAGAUAUUUUGCUGCUGACAACUACCACCAAAAGCAUGGGAACCCAUGUGGACGGCUUGAAGUUUGCAGGAGGUAAUCAGCUCCAGCUAUUCAGCUUGCUCCGGGACGAUAGAGGCUAAGCCAGUCACAUAGGGUCAUUCUCUCUUUUCCCAGAAAAGCCUUUGAGGGAGUUAAUCGAUCUCGCUCACGACCACGGAGUCUAUGUCUCCACAG